AUGGGAAAUAUAGGCUUUGUAGGGGCUAAUGACUAUAAAAUGAAAUUUGAAGCUCUGAUGGGAUUUUGUCAUGGUGAUGGGCAGAUGGAGAGAUAUGUGUGGCCACGUGACCUUUGUUAUGUGCGUUAUUGGCGUCGAAAUGAUGAUGGAAGUUACGUUGUGUUAUUUCGUUCUAGGGAGCAUGAGAACUGUGGUCCACAACCAGGGUUUGUGCGGGCGCACAUCGAGAGUGGUGGGUUUAAUAUUUCCCCUUUGAAACCUCGGAAUGGGAGGCCCAGAACACAGUUGCAGCAUCUUAUGCAAAUUGAUCUGAAAGGGUGGGGUGUGGGUUAUAUUUCAUCAUUUCAGCAGCAUUGUCUGCUUCAGAUGUUAAAUAGUGUUGCUGGGCUGCGUGAAUAUUUUUCUGUGACAGAUGAAAGGAAUGCUCCUCCAAGAAUCCCAGUUAUGCUUAAUAUGACAUCAGCUGCUGUUUCUUCUAAGAAAGUUCAAAAGCUCCGAGAGUCUGCUAUCCAUCAUAGUCCUUCUCAUGAUCAAAUUUAUUCUGCAACUAAAAAUGCAAUGAUCGAUGAAUACUCUGAUGAGGACGAAGACUAUCAGAUAGCCGACGAAGAGGUGUGUUGCUCUCAUGCUCUCACAAUUUUUUGUAGUCUUUCUAAGUGUGCUUUGUAA